UUCAGCAUCGAAACGUUGCACAGUGUUACAGAGACAUGGGCUAGCACUGGCGGCAACCACUCACACAAUGGAGGUUCCCUGAACAUCAUCUCAUGCUGCCUACACCAACACAAAACAUGGAUGGAAAUCGACAGUUGACCCAAAUGUCCUACUGCACCGUGGUAGAUAAAAAGGACCAGUCUAAAUUCAUAUGCUACACGCAUAAAACAUCGGAGAUGUUCAAUGUUGGUUUGACAAAUGCCGCUGAUGUUUGGAGCACAGAUUUCACUGAGGAGACAUUGAACCAGUUUAGACAGAAGUUUGCCUUGAAGUCAACAGAGGAUUAUAUCUUGAAAAUCAGGUCUGCCUGUGGCAGUGGGAUUGUGUCUGUAUCAGUGCAGGGCACCGGUGCAGUGCUCUGUGUAGGCACCAGUCCAGGGGACCUGAGUGUGACUCUGUCCAGACUGAAACAGCCCGAGGCCAAAGAGAAACUGAGAGAGCUGCUGUUUAGAAUGGCAGACAGUCUGACUCGUUUAGACCAUACAGCAGGCCCAGCCCCAUUCAGUCCUGGAAAGAGUCCACACAAACGCAAUACAGAUUUUGAGCCAAGGAGACCGCCGCAGAGUGGCCAAAUUCUGGCAGUCAAGAAGCGUCUUCCAGGAGAUUCUCUUAUCAACCCAGGAACAAGGAGAAAGCGUCAAGCAACGGGGGUGGCAUUUGAUGAUGAAGAUGAUCCAUGAUGAUUUGCUAAAGAGAAAUUACCACAGUUGCCUUCCAUCAUCACUAUAACAUUUCUGCUGCAUAUAACAAUUUAGUGUGUGAAUGUUAUUUUUAAUCCACCGACACUAUACCAUACAGCUGCAACAUCAUUAAAAAAUAUAUACCUAUUUAAUGCUGUCCACAUGAUGACAUAAUCUGCUUUUUAAGGACACAUAGGUUGUCUCCAAAAUUACACUAUUCCCUAAAUAGUGCAAUACUUCUGACCAGAGUCAUAUGGGCCCUGGUAAAAAGUAGUGCACUAUAUAUGGAACAGGGUACCAUUUGGAAAACAUCCAUGAUGAUCAUUACCUCAAUCACUGUGUGAAAACUUGAAACAGGUUUUUAAAUGUAUUUUAAUCUUGACAUCUUGUAAUAAACAUUCAUAAAAAAAUAAAGCCAUUCUCCUUGUGCACUCA